GCACCAGCUCCACUUUCCACACCCUGUUCAUUGACCUAUCCAUUAUUAAAUAUUCACACGCAACACACACAUAAUAUACACUAUCUAUACACAUAAAUCAUCACAAUUUUCUUUCACACAACCUGUUAAAUCAAAAUGUUAAAAGACUUGGUGAUCCAACAAUUUACACUCGCUAGCUGAAAAAAUUACAAUUUUGGUCUAGUGAAUCUUGAAAGAUUACAACUUGGGUAUUGUUGUAACUGAAAAAGUACAGCUUGGGUCUAGUGAAUCUUGGUAAAAAAAUGGGGAGUUACAGGGUAUGUGUAUGUUUCACAAGAAAAUUCAGGGUAACAGAAGCAGAGCCACCAUCAGAUGUGAAAGAAUUAUUCAAGAAGUAUGCUGAAAAUGGGAAUCAAAUGAAUUCAGAACAGUUAUUGAAGUUGUUGAUUGAAGUUCAAGGAGAAACACAGUUGACUGUUGUUGAUACUGAUGCAAUUGUUAGACAGAUCCUUCAAAAAAGACAUCCAAUUACUAAGUUAACUCGUCAAACACUUUCUCUUGAAGAUUUUCAUCAUUAUCUCUUUUCUGCUGACCUUAAUCCCCCUAUCAAUUCCAAGGUUCACCAUGAUAUGACUGCUCCACUCUCCCAUUAUUUUAUAUUCACUGGACACAAUUCUUACUUGACUGGGAAUCAGCUGACGAGUGAUUGCAGUGAUGUCCCUAUUAUAAAGGCACUGAAAAAAGGUGUAAGGGUGAUAGAGCUUGAUAUAUGGCCAAAUUCCGACAAGGAUGAUGUACACGUACUUCAUGGAAGGACAGUGACAACACCGGUGGAAUUAAUAAGAUGUCUCAAGUCAAUAAAAGAACAUGCAUUUUCCGCUUCUCCUUAUCCAGUUGUAAUAACUCUUGAAGAUCAUCUAACACCUGAUCUUCAGGCUAAAGUGGCUCAGAUGCUGACUGAAACAUUCGGGGACAUGCUCUUUGUUCCUGAAUCAGAUAGUCUAAAGGAAUGCCCUUCACCAGAAGAACUAAAGCAUCGUAUUAUUAUUUCAACCAAACCUCCAAAAGAGUACCUUGAAGCCAGUAGUGCUAAUGUCUGUAAAGACAGACGAAAUAGCUCUACGAGGUCAGAGGAAGAUGUAUGGGGAAGUGAACCUUCAAGCUUGACAGCUGCUGAUCAAGAAGAAAAUGAAAAGAGCGACAGUGAUAAAAGCUGUGACGACGACGAUGACUCCACUCACAGAACACAUGUAGCAUCUGCUUAUAAACGCCUGAUUGCCAUCCAUGCUGGAAAACCUAAGGGUGGAUUGAAGGAGGCAUUGAAAGUCGAUCCUGAUAAAGUAAGACGCCUAAGUUUAAGCGAACAGGCUCUUGAAAAGGCUGCUGAAUCUCAUGGAACCGAAAUUGUGAGGUUCACACAAAGAAACAUUCUAAGGGUUUACCCUAAAGGUACUAGGUUUAACUCCUCCAACUACAAGCCACUAAUAGGUUGGAUGCAUGGAGCUCAGAUGGUUGCAUUUAACAUGCAGGGUUACGGUAGAGCACUAUGGUUGAUGCACGGGAUGUUCAGGUCAAAUGGAGGCUGUGGUUAUGUUAAAAAGCCUGAUUUCUUGGUUGGUCCUGAUUUUGAAGUUUUUGAUCCUAACGUGAAGUUGCCGGUUGAGAAAACCUUAAAGGUGAAAGUAUAUAUGGGAGAUGGUUGGCAUUUAGAUUUUAAGCAAACUCACUUUGAUUUGUAUUCCCCCCCGGACUUCUAUACAAGGGUCGGUAUAGCUGGAGUGCCUGCUGAUGAGAUAAUGAAGAAAACAAAGACUAGAGAGGACAAUUGGACGCCGGUUUGGGAUGAAGAAUUUACCUUCCCACUGACCGUACCUGAAUUAGCUUUGCUGCGAAUCGAAGUACACGAGUAUGACAUGUCAGAGAAGGAUGAUUUUGCAGGCCAAACAUGUAUACCUGUUUCGGAGUUGAAACCUGGGAUUCAUGCAGUUCCCCUUUGUGACCGAAAAGGUGAGAAAUAUAAUUCUGCAAGGCUUCUCAUGCGCUUUGAGUUUGAAUAAGGGUUCUUUAGAAUGUGUGUAUCUCAUGCUUUCGUUUUCUUGGAUGUCGUCGGAUGAUUUUUGUUUAUUAUACUAGGAGUUUGUAAUAAUGUCAUUAUGUUCUCCUUUGGAGAAGCUUGUAUUGCAAAAAGAUUUCCAUGUGGCUUUGUAGUUUGUACAGUAUACUCUACAAGUAAACUAGGUUCUAUGGUGUUUGUUCAAUGAGAUUGGUUUCUGAUG